AUGGCCAGAACACUCGACCAGAUCCUCGCGGAAGUCCCCAUAACGGAUCUGAGCCACCUGAGAGGUCUUCUCCGGCCAGCUCAGGCUCCCGCCAUUACACCCGACGUAAAGGCCCGCUACGAUGAGCGCCCAGAAGUGUCAGAAUCUCUGCGGAAGUGCGCGGCGCUUUUUAACGAGUUGCAUCCUACUAUGCUGACGGCGGUCUGCAAGCUUUGGAAAACCAGCAUUUUGAUCUACCGAGAAAGUCCGCUAUGGCUCAUGUCACCCCAUCGUGGCCUCUGUUGUCCUGGCAGAUGGGGGGAAACUGAGGACGAACAACAGGCCACAGACAUGAUAGCGCCGCCCCUAUGGGAGCUUGACUUUGUAAAUGGUCUUCAAGACCUCUUUCUACACCCAUUCUUCGCUUCACGGGGGAAUAGCGCGUUUCUCAGACUGUCACUACAAUUUGCUGUCGCGUUUGAGUCUCUAGAGAACCCAGUCUGGAGCAUUUCUGCGCUGGACAUGGACAGAUCGGAUGGUGACACGCGGCCUGUGGGCGGUGCAGGUGGCCGCAUUACAACUCACACCCAAUCGAGUCUCUAUGACAGGCUUCUUAAAUUUCAUGGCUUCUUCCUAAUAUUCAACAACAACGCCAUAUCAGUCGAGACUAGGUUCUUGCUAAAGCUAGGAGAAGAAGUGGCACGCCGGAUGCCCCAACCCCAACGUCUACGUGACCGGCAGGGCAGAGACCCUCGGCACCUUUUCUACGUCGAGGCCCAGAAUUUAGAGCACGUCUAUGCAGCGGCAGACAUGGUCAGUGACAGCCCACAGACUAGAGAGGCUACUAGCAUGUCAUGGGCGCAGUUCAACGAACGCGUGAAAUUACCACUGGAUGCUCCUACCUUGGUGGGCAUUUGUCUCCGAGACGCCUAUCGACACGAGCUUCAUAUGCUACAAUCAUUCAGGGAUGCGACCGCCACCGCAGACGCAGCUAGUGAGGAUGAUGCAUGA